AUGACCAUGCGAGCCCUCCAAGCCAGCCGCGAGCAGAUGGCUCCGCUCAACAUGGACGGCGUGUGCCUCUUCCGGUUGACGCGCAUGGCAAAAACCGAGCACGUGCAGCAGCUGCUGUUGAAUCCUGAUGGGCCCUUGGCAGCGCUUCAUGCGCGUGUUCUGGAGGCCGGUUGCGAGGUGAAUCCCGAUUGGAGCCCGGUGAAGGUGCUCUUCGUGCCGAUCACUGAAGCCCAAAUGAAUGAACUGCAGGAUCUGGCUGAUUUUGGAUACGAGCUGCGCAGGGAUGUGCAUUUGUUAGCCUUGCAAGAGGAUCAGCGCAUCAUCGAGGCCGCCUUCCGGAACGCAUUUCCCAGCGCUGGGCGGCCGAAAUUGAAGCAGGUGGGCCCCACGCGAGAUGUGCCGAAUAUGCGCAGGGAGGAUGGAGAAGAGGCCGCAGAUGAUAGUGAGGAUGAUGGGCCUUGGCUGGCAUUGGAAGGUGGAUUUCAGACAGAUUCAAGUGUGGGAUAUCCAUCUUACUCCAGGGCGGAGCUGUGA